AUGACAUCUUUAAUCAAUAAGCUUGGACAGUAUGAUGUGUUAAUAGCCCAUGACGAGAUACCGUCAAGGCAGUAUCGACUUUCAUCAGAUAACGGCCGUGGACCAAAGAAGCACCUUAAGAGACUCAAUGCUCCAAAGCACUGGAUGCUUGACAAACUAACCGGUACUUGGGCUCCUAAGCCCUCUGCCGGUCCUCACAAGACUCGCGAGUGCCUGCCUCUCAUUGUCUUCAUUCGCAAUCGUCUUCGAUAUGCUCUCACCAAUCAGGAGACCAAGGCUAUUGUCAACCAGCGUCUCAUCAAGGUUGAUGGAAAAGUCAGGACUGACAUGACUUAUCCCGCUGGAUUCAUGGACGUCAUCUCCAUCGAAAAGACUGGAGAGAACUUCCGUCUGAUUUACGAUGUCAAGGGCCGUUUCACCAUCCACCGCAUCACAGAUGAGGAGGCCAAGUACAAGCUUUGCAAAGUCAGGCAAGUCAAGAUUGGCCAAAAGGCAAUCCCUUACAUUGUCACUCACGAUGGUCGCACUAUCCGUUACCCUGACCCUCUUGUCAAGGUUAACGACACUGUCAAAGUUGACAUUGCCACUGGAAAGUUUACUGAAUACAUCAAGUUUGACUCUGGCAACAUCGCCUAUGUCACUGGUGGUCGUAACAUGGGCCGUAUUGGUGUAAUCACUCACCGUGAGAAGCAUCACGGUGGUUUUGAAAUUGUUCACAUCAAGGAUGCUGUUGACCACACAUUUGCCACUCGUAUCUCCAACGUGUUUGUUGUUGGCCAAGGUAAUCAGUCCUGGAUCUCUCUUCCCAAGGGUAAGGGUGUCAAGCUCACCAUUUCCGAAGAGCGUGACAGACGUCGCGAAAAGCUUCUUGCCUCGCAGUAAAUGCAUUGGCGUCAAGGUUAAUAAAUUGGAUUGUGCAAUUCUCAAUGUGC